AUGAACAAGCUCAACAUCGUUAGAACUCAAACACCUACCAGCCGCCUGCCGUCUCCAGCCCCAUCCCUCCUUCUGCCACUACGAAACGAAGAUAAACUCGCACGUGAAUCAGAUGUCACCGUUUCCACAAACGUGACGUCUUACGCUGAAUACAAAGGAUUCUUCAUAUACGUGCUUUCUGCCGUGCUACUACUCGGCUAUAUGGCAUGGCUACUUCUUCCCGAAAAAGCCUUGAACUACUUUGGCGUCUACUACUACCCAGACAAAUACUGGGCCCAGGCGGUGCCUGCCUACCUGCUUAUGCUCAUGCUCUAUGUGUAUAUCUGCCUAGCAUUAUACAACACUGAGGUGAAGACGCUACCGUUGGACGAUCCCCGCUCCGAGCGGAGUCCGUGA